AUGGAUGACAGGGAGGGUGCAGUUAAGCCAUACAGCAAUAGUAACAGCAGUGAGCUUGUUGAUGAUGCGAGGGAUGUUGAACCUCGCAGUUGUACCGGCAUCCUGGGUGUCCGAGUCAUUGAAAUCUUGAAAAAGACAGUACUACUGCGUGACCUUCUGGACGAGAUAGGUCUUAUGGGUCUCCUUCAUCUUAAUGAGACUCUGAAGUCAGAAGGGUUUAGCCUAAAAAGAUGCUCGCAACGCUUUAACGCUCAAGACAUAGUCUGCGUUAUAUUCGUUCGGAAAGUCCUGGAGUUUGGACAUGCGCCAUCAAUCCCAGGUUUUCUAAAAAGAGAGUCGAUGCUUGGGGCGUCUCAGUCAAAGUUUGUCGAGAUGAUGAAAGAGUGGACUGCUGAGAAGCGCAGUGAGCGACGCGAAGGUUUCACUCAAAGAAACAAUACACUGCACGGCGAGAGGGUCAACAUGUGCACCAGGGAUUGGUGCAAUAUCGCCCAUGUGCGAAAUCCCAACCCCAUUACCUGCAUGCUCAGUAUGACAUAUUUUGGCCCCCAUACCACUGAAGAUACCGGAGAAGCUGAACUCAUGUAG